GACAUUCGCAGCGGCAAGGGAAAACCGAGGAAGAAGAAAACAGAACAAGAUCUCCUCCUCCAUGGACAACUAUGGCAACCCUUAUUCAUACCCCUACGGCUACCCCCCUCCUCCCAACCCCGACCCUUACCACCACCGGCCCCCUCCCUACCUCCACCCUUCCAACUCCUUCCCGUCCCCUACCAUGAAUCCAGACCCCCAAUUCAACCACUCCGGUCCUUUGGAUUACCCCCCGCCGGCCUUCCCCCCGGCCUCCGUUUCUUCUCCCUCUCCCUCCUACGAUCCCUACUACAAUCCCCAGCCCCUCAAUCCCUAUCCCUAUCUCUUACCCCGCCCCUAUCCCAGUCCCCAUCAUUCUAUGCCCUACGAUUCGCAUCCCAAUUCCCCCAGCUUCCACGACGCCGGCAGCUCCCGCUACGAGCCCACCGCCCCCGUCGCCCCCCGCCCUCCUACCCUCCCUCCCGCUCCGAUAGCUUCUCCACCCAUAGCCCACCACCCGACAAUCCUUCCCUCUCUGCCCGUCCGUCCCUGACCGAUUCCCCAUCAACAUCUUCGAUCUAUCCCCUGAAUGAUCUUCUUGCCAACAUCCGCCUCUCCGAUCAGCCUCCCGAUCUCCCCUCCAUCGCCGGAUCCCACCACCGCCCCUCGAUGUCCUUCUCCGGCAGCUUCCCCCAAGCUCCGCCGUCCCUCUUGCCGCAGACCUCCUUCAGCAGCCCUCUCGUCCCCCAAGGCGGUUCCAACCACGGGCAGAACCUCCAGUUGGUCCCCUACGAAGACACCAGUGGCCUCAAGGCUUCCCUCAAGGUCUUGCUCCUCCACGGCAGCCUCGACGUGUGGGUGUGCGAGGCGAGGAACCUCCCCAACAUGGACAUGUUCUCCAAGACCCUGGGGGACAUGCUCGGCAAGCGGCUCACCGGCUCUCUCAGCGGCAAGAUGGAGCACCUGUCGUCGAUGACCAGCGACCCCUACGUGUCCAUCACGGUGUGCGGUGCCGUCGUCGGACGGACUUAUGUAGUUAGCAACAGCGAGAACCCCAACUGGAUGCAGCAUUUCAAUGUCCCGGUCGCGCAUCAUGCCGCCGACGUCCAAUUCGUGGUCAAGGAUAAUGAUGUUGUAGGUGCGCAGCUCAUUGGAACUGUUUCGAUCCCGGUGGAGUCGAUCUACUCUGGCCAGAGGGUGGAAGGGACUUACCCAAUUCUCGCUCCCAACGGUAAGCCUUGCAAGCCAGGCGCUGUACUGACGCUUGUGAUACAGUACAUCCCAAUAGAGAGGCUCAGCAUGUACCAUAAUGGGGUCGGCGCUGGUCCCGACUACCAUGGCGUGCCGGGUACCUAUUUCCCUCUCUGGAAAGGCAAUAAGGUCACACUUUAUCAAGAUGCUCAUGUUCCUGACGGUUGCCUUCCGGACCUGAGGCUGGACCAUGGGAUGCAUUAUGUACAUGGGAAGUGUUGGCGUGACAUCUUUGAUGCAAUCAGCCAGGCUUCCCAUCUGGUUUACAUUACCGGGUGGUCGGUGUUCCACACAGUGCAUCUGGUGCGGGAUGCUGGUUAUGGGUGUGAUUGUACUCUAGGGGAUCUCCUAAAGACCAAGUCUCAGGAAGGGGUGAGAGUGUUGCUUCUUGUGUGGGAUGAUCCAACUUCAAGGAACAUUCUCGGUUAUCAAACAGAUGGCUUAAUGGGAACCCGUGAUGAGGAGACUCGGCGAUUUUUCAAGCAUUCUUCCGUGCAGGUGUUGCUUUGUCCUCGUUCUGCUGGAAAACGACACAGCUGGGUGAAGCAGCAGGAAACUGGAGCUAUCUAUACUCAUCAUCAGAAAACUGUGAUUGUGGAUGCUGAUGCUGGAAAUAAUAAAAGGAAAAUUAUUGCUUUUAUUGGAGGGCUUGAUUUAUGCGGUGGGCGAUAUGAUACUCCAAAACAUCCUAUAUUUAGGACACUACAGACAUUGCAUAAGGAUGACUAUCACCAACCUAACUUUGUGGGACCUGAUGCCAGUGGCCCAAGGGAACCAUGGCAUGAUUUGCAUUCUAGAAUUGAUGGUCCAGCAGCUUAUGACAUUCUGACAAACUUUAAGGAGCGUUGGUUAAAAGCUUCAAAACGCCAUGGGAUUAAAAAAUUGAAGAGGUCAUUUGAUGAUGCAUUGCUCAGUAUUGAAAGAAUACCAUAUAUCAUUGGGAUUCAAGACUUGCCACGUCUAAAUGAUAAUGAUCCAGAGACCUGGCAUGUUCAGGUUUUCCGUUCAAUUGAUUCAAAUUCUGUGAAAGGCUUCCCAAAGGAUCCAAGAAAUGCUCCGACCAAGAACCUCGUUUGUGGGAAAAAUGUAUUGAUUGACAUGAGCAUACAUACAGCUUAUGUAAAUGCCAUCCGUGCUGCCCAACACUUCAUUUAUAUUGAGAAUCAAUACUUCCUAGGUUCAUCAUUUAAUUGGGAUUCGAACAACGACUUAGGUGCAAACAAUUUAAUACCAAUUGAAAUUGCUCUUAAAAUUGCACAUAAAAUUAAAGCAAAUGAGGGUUUUUCUGCAUAUAUAGUUAUUCCCAUGUGGCCCGAGGGUAAUCCUACUGGUGCUGCUACACAGAGGAUUCUUUAUUGGCAGAAUAAAACAAUGCAGAUGAUGUAUGAGACAAUUUAUAGGGCCUUGAAAGAAGUGGGCCUGGAGAACACAUAUGAGCCACAAGACUAUUUGAACUUCUUUUGCCUUGGUAAUCGUGAAGUGCCAGACCUAAAUCAUUUUUCAGAUGGAAGUCCAAAGUCAGCAAACACUCCAAAGUCAGCAAACACUCCUCAAGCACUUGCCAAGAAGAAUUGGCGUUUCAUGAUAUAUGUACAUUCUAAAGGUAUGAUAGUGGAUGAUGAAUAUGUGAUACUGGGUUCGGCAAACAUCAAUCAAAGGUCACUGGAGGGUACUAGAGACACUGAGAUUGCAAUGGGCGCAUACCAGCCCCAGCAUACGUGGGCAAGAAAGCUCUCUGGUCCUCAUGGUCAGAUCUAUGGCUAUAGGAUGUCACUAUGGGCUGAGCACACUGGAACGCUCGAGGAAUGCUUCACUCGUCCAGAGAGCCUUGAAUGCAUGAGACGAGUCCGGGAUAUGGGAGAGCAGAACUGGAAACAGUAUGUGGCUGAUGAAAUUACUGAAAUGAGAGGCCACCUCCUAAAGUACCCUGUGAGCGUUGACAGAAAAGGCAAGGUGAAGUCUCUUCCUGGAUGCGAGACAUUCCCAGACAUGGGUGGAAACAUUUGUGGAUCUUUUCUUGCCAUUCAAGAAAAUCUUACAAUAUAAGUUAUCUCAAGUGAUCCGUGUAGACUUCUUUGGACAUUCUUACACUGGACUAAGUAGGCCUCAGCCAUUGAUAUAGGAUGCAUAUACAACAGAA